GAGGUCAUUAGUGGUUGUCAUGGUAACAUUUGUUGUAAUGGCGCUUUAUUUCUUUUUCGACAUUGUCAAAAACGCGUUUUAUUUGUAAGGGAAUUUAUAGACAGAGAAAACCACAAUCCAUCGGAAUGAGCAACGCAGUAUGUCUUUUAUUAAAGUGCUGCUGACUGUAAAAGUGAAGUGUGUUUGUAAGCAGUGAUUUAGAGAUUCUGUUUGUCGACGGAAAUGGACUGCAGUGAACUGAACUCCACGGAGAAAACCAGAACCUCAAAGCUUCUCAAUGAAAUAAACGAGAUUUAUCAAGAUAUUAGAGAAGAGUCAAUGCAAUCAGAGACUACUGGUGGGUCGGUGGAGAAGACUGUGAUUCUGCUUAAAGAAAAAGCAGAAAGAGGAGAUUCACAAGCCGCCUUCCUCCUGGGACAGUUACACUACGAGGAGGGCCGCUACGCAGAAGCAGAGGUCAUCUUUGACAGCAUUAAAGAUGAAGAUCCUCGAGCUCUGUAUCAGCUGGCUGUCAUAUAUUACGAUGGCCUUGGAACCAAAGAAGACCUCAGCAAGGCACUUGAGUACAUGAGAACAGUUGCAUUCUGGGAUUCGUCUGAAGUGGGCUGUAUCAAAUACGCAGCGCUGUAUAACCUGGGCCAGGCGUAUCUGGAGGGUUUUGGUGUCGAGGCGUCCAGCGCUGAAGCAGAGCGGCUUUGGCUCCUGGCAGCUGAUGAUGGAAACCCGCACGCUUGUGUGAAAGCGCAGUCGUCUCUAGGCAUGUUUUACUGCAGACCGGAGACUCUGGACCUCAGAAAGGCGUUCUCGUGGCACUCAGAGGCGUGUGGUAACGGCAGUCUGGAGUCUCAGGGCGCUCUGGGCGUCAUGUAUCUGUACGGUCAUGGCGUGCAGAAGGACCCCGACGCUGCCCUGUUCUGCCUGAAGGAGGCGGCAGAGAGAGGAAACGUUUACGCUCAGGGUCACCUGACGGCCUGCUAUUACCACAGGAAGCUCUACUCCAGAGCAGCCGCCCUGGGAGAGAGGUUUGUUUUGACUCUCAGAGUGAGCGGAUACGAGGACAUCAGUGCCAUAGCGCGGCACACGGACUGUCUGGAGGAGUACAUCAGGAAGGGCAUCGCUAUAGCCAUGUUUUACUACGCACGCUGCCUACAGCUGGGCCGAGGCGUCCUGAAGAACAGAGACAGAGUGAAGAGCUACUUUACACAGGCUGCCAGGAUCGAUCCAGAGAUCUGUAAAGAGCUGCAAAUGGACGUGGUGCACGGCAGGAUAUAAAUCACUCAUUUAAUCUCAUCACUGAAAUUGAUGGAUAUAUAUCUGACUCAGGUUUUUUGAGAUGCUGAUUAAUUAAAAUGUUUAGUUAUAUUUAAGUGCCAUAUAAGAACGAUUCAAAGGAAAAUCUUUUAAAAAUCAAGUUGAAAAUGCACGUGCCAACUUCUAAGAAAUGUCAUCUUUAUAUUCCAAGAGAAUAUUUUUGAGACAUUUUGCUUACAUCUUAAAUAUACGGGAGUAUACAUAAAAAACACAUUAUUUUCAAAAAACUUUUCAAACAUGUUUUAUUUAAAAAUCCACAUUUUAAUAAACAAUAUUUUUUCUCUGUACGUCAUAUUGUAUAUGACUAUUUUUUUGGAUUUUUAAAAUAUUUACAGGUAUAAUUACACAUACCAAAUAUUUUUGAACAAUGAAUGAAUAAAUAAACACAAAUUUAGUCAGUGAUACUGAAAAAACAAGUUUCAUAAUUUUUUUUAUAAAAGUUGUCUUUGAAAUAUUUGCAGAUAUACUUACAAAAACUGGAUCAUUUUUAAGUAUGAAUCAA